GAACAAAAAUUUAUAUAUUAUUUAACUUCUGGUGAAAAUAAAAUGUUCAAUUUUAAUAUUCUAUAUUCACUUGCACCAAAAGAACCGAACCCCUAUAUUUUUUUUUAUUUUUUCCCUCAAAACACGAAAAACACGUUUCCUACAAAGGCUAUAAUAGCUAAAUUUUUAACGAACAUAUGGCACCCCCUGCUUAUCUAGAUUUGGGAAAAGAUGCAAGAGAUUUAUUUACUAAGGGAUUUUUUUUUAAUUUAUUCAAAUUGGAAUCGAAAUCAAAAACUAAAAGUAACGUUGAAUUUACCUUUUCAGGAAAUUCAAACAUUGAUACCAAAACAGUUGCUGGAUUUUUGGAAACCAAGUACAAAUGGAAAGAUUAUGGGACAACUAUAAAGGAAAAAUGGAGCACUGAUAAUUUACUUCUUACAGAUAUUUCAUGUGAGGAUUAUUUAAUGAAAGGAGUCAAAAUAGGGAUGGAAACAUUAUUUUCUCCAAAUACUGGAAAAAAGAAUGCUUUUAUAAAGACUGCCUUCAAACAUGACAAUUUUCAUCUAGCAAAUGAUUUUGAAAUACCUUAUAUUGGAAGUUCACCUAUUACCAUUGGUACAUCUGCUGUUUUUGUUUAUGAUAGUUGGUUAGCAGGCUGUCAUAUGGUUUAUGAUGCAACAAGAAGCAAAUUAACUAAGGCUAAUUAUGCUUUUGGUUAUAGGGGUUCUGAUUUUACAAUACAUACAAAUUGCAAUGAGUCUAAUGAUAUUGGAGUUUCUUUACAUCAAUUAAUAAAGCCAGGUUUUGAAUCAGGGGUUCAAAUAGGUUACACCCUGGGCAAUCAAUCCACCAAAUUAGGUUUUGCGUGCAAAUAUCAAAUUGACCAGUUCUCAACUCUAAGGGCUAAAGUCAAUAAUGCUAGUCAAGUAGGGCUAAGCUAUACUCAUAGAUUAAAAGAUGGUGUUGCAUUAACGUUAUCUUCUUUGAUAGAUGGUAAAAAUUUGAAUCAAGGUGGACAUCAAAUGGGCCUAGCUUUAGAAAUCGAAACUUAAUAAUAUUGUUUUUUUAAAUUUUUUUUUACACGGAUUUUAAUAUUAUGUAAAUUUUAAGUGUUUAAUAAUAUUUCAUCUAAUUGAUUGUGAUAAAGUAUAUUUGCUCCGAUUUUAGUAUUAAAAUUCAUUUGAUGAUAUUUGUACAUUCUUUCAAAAACGAAUUGAAUUCAAUAUUAUUUAUUUAUAAUGAUAUAUUUUGUGAUUUAUUACUGUGAUUGACAAUAGUA